CCGGUUCCGUCGCGGAGACACGUGAAGGUCGGUGAGUUGGUGCGGAGUCCGUCUCGGCACGCGUAGUCGCGCUGGGAUGGAUUCCUCCUCGUCUUCCUCUGCGGCGGGUUUGGGCGCGGUGGACCCGCAGUUGCAGCAUUUCAUCGAGGUGGAGACUCAGAAGCAGCGCUUCCAGCAGCUGGUGCACCAGAUGACUGAACUUUGUUGGGAGAAGUGCAUGGACAAGCCUGGGCCAAAGUUGGACAGUCGGGCUGAGGCCUGUUUUGUGAACUGCGUUGAGCGCUUCAUUGAUACAAGCCAAUUCAUCUUGAAUCGACUGGAACAGACCCAGAAAUCCAAGCCAGUCUUCUCAGAAAGCCUUUCUGACUGAUCUCAGCAUUACCUCUUUGGAAGAGGAAGGUAGUCAAGAAAUGAAGAGUUGUUGAUGGGAUGGUUGAAAAAAUAGUUAUGGGGCAUUGGCUCCCACCUUUUGUCACUCUUUGGAUAUCCUGUCAUCUGAGAAUGAACAAAGACCAAUUUUUGUGUGUGUGUGUGUGUGUGCGGUUUUAGGGUCAUGUGUAUUUGUUUGUGUUUUUUUAAUGCUAAUCUUGUGAAAAUAAUUGCCAGACGAAUGGAAAACUAUUAGAUGCCUAUUACUGUAUGUUGGACUGUGCUUUUCUCAAAGUCCCAUUAACUGCUUCUUGUAAUUUUGAUAGUGGAACUGCUUUCUAUAAUUUGAUCGUGGGACCACAUAGGUAAAAUCUCUCAUUUGUGUGGAUUCAUUUCAGAUUGCUGGGAGAUCUUUGUGUCUGGCAGGAAGGGCAGCAGUGGGGGGAGGAGUAAUUUGGUACUUAACUGUGGGCCUCCUUAUCUAGUGUUUGACUGUCAGUGCUGGGGAAAAAAAUCUGUGGAGUGUUCACACAGUUCACUUCAGCUCCCUAGAUUAUCUCCUUCCCCUAUACUAUUAUUUACGUGACUAUCUAUAGUAAAGUAUGGUCUCAAGGUAGUACAGGCAUCCUGAGAGUCUACAGGCCUUUAGUUAUAAAGGAAUCUAGCCAGUGAACAUAAUUCUUAUUACUAGACUGCCACAAAGAAAAAGUUAGCUUACCCUGUAUAUCAGGGUAUAAAAAAUUCAAAGAUGUGCCUAAAUCAGUUAUAAAGAUUUAGGCCAGUCAAAAACUUAACAGCAGUUUCAGGUAGAGGUGCAUGCCUAAUGUUAAUUAGUAUAGAUUCCAUUUACUGCAUUUUUUUGGUCACUGAAAUAAAAGCUUCUACAAGAUCCAA